UUAUUUCCUUUAUACAGAAACACAUCACGCACUGAGAGAGAUUUCAUCUAAUUCCUUACAAAUUGAUUUAUUACAGAUAGCUAUUAUACAUACAGAAAUUAACUGCCAUUUUCUCUCCAGAUCCAGGCCUCUGAUUCCUCCUCAGAUCCUUGGAAUUUCAUCCUUAGAUCUCUGACGCAGUGUUCGCAGCUGUGGAUUGAAGCCCUCCACUCGGUUGAAUGAUCGAGCUCUUUGGCGGAAGGAGGGAGGGGCGGCCAAUUCCGUAAAUUCACAACUGCCUGUGCAGCUGGAUCUGAUCGAGCUUUCUCACAGUUUCAAAACCAACGCCCCAAUCAUGAAUCCCUUCUCCUCCGGCACGCGCCUCCGGGACAUGAUUCGGGCUAUACGUGCAUGCAAAACAGCUGCGGAGGAGCGUGCUGUUGUGAGAAAAGAGUGUGCUGCUAUUCGAGAUGCAAUCAGUGAGAAUGACCAAGAUUAUACUCAUCGCAAUCUUGCAAAGCUCAUGUUCAUUCACAUGCUAGGCUAUCCAACACACUUUGGUCAAAUGGAAUGCUUAAAGUCGAUUGCAUCUCCUGGAUUCCCAGAAAAGAGAAUAGGAUAUCUUGGCCUUAUGCUGCUUCUCGAUGAAAGACAAGAAGUUUUAAUGUUGGUCACCAACUCGAUAAAACAAGAUCUUAACCAUACCAAUCAAUAUAUUGUUGGACUUGCUCUCUGUGCUCUGGGAAAUAUCUGUUCUGCAGAAAUGGCUCGUGACCUUGCACCAGAAGUAGAAAGGCUGCUGCAGUUUAGAGAUCCAAAUAUUCGUAAAAAAGCAGCAUUAUGCUCUAUCAGGAUUAUCAAGAAAGUUCCAGAUCUCGCGGAAAAUUUUAUAAAUGCUGCAGUCUCCUUACUAAAAGAGAAGCACCACGGUGUUCUAAUAACUGGGGUCCAGCUUUGUACAGAUCUAUGUAAAGUCAGCACAGAUGCCCUUGAGUAUUUUAGAAAGAAAUGCACAGACAGUUUAGUCAAAGUUCUAAAGGAUGUCGUAAAUAGUCCAUAUGCUCCUGAGUAUGAUGUAUCUGGGAUCACAGAUCCUUUUCUUCAUAUAAGGUUGCUCAGGCUCCUGUCUGUUUUGGGACAAGGUGAUGCUGAUGCAAGUGAUUCUAUGAAUGACAUUCUUGCUCAGGUGGCUACAAAAACUGAGUCCAACAAGAAUUCAGGGAAUGCGAUCCUUUACGAAUGUGUUGCAACUAUUAUGAGCGUUGAAGACAAUGGUGGCUUACGUGUGCUUGCUAUCAAUAUUUUGGGGAGAUUUUUGUCCAACCGUGACAACAAUAUCCGAUAUGUGGCAUUGAACAUGCUGAUGAAAGCAGUUACGGUAGAUAGUCAAGCAGUGCAGAGGCAUCGAGCAACAAUUUUAGAAUGUGUGAAGGAAUCAGAUCCUUCAAUCCGUAAAAGGGCCCUUGAGCUUGUCUAUCUUCUAGUAAAUGAAAGCAAUGUGAAGCCAUUGACAAAGGAAUUAAUUGAAUAUUUGGAAGUGAGUGACCUGGAGUUCAGGGGAGAUCUCACUGCCAAAAUUUGCUCCAUCGUGGAAAAGUUUUCCCCAGAGAAAAUUUGGUACAUUGAUCAGAUGCUCAAAGUCCUAUCUGAGGCUGGGAGUUAUGUGAAGGAUGAAGUUUGGCAUGCCCUUAUUGUAGUUAUUACCAAUGCUUCCAAUCUCCAUGGAUAUGCAGUACGGUCUUUAUUUCGGUUGGUUCAAACUGUAGAACAGGAAACUCUUGUCAGAGUUGCAGUUUGGUGCAUUGGAGAAUAUGGUGAAAUGUUAGUCAGUUGUACUGGAAUGCUUGAUAUUGAAGAACCUAUAACUGUAACAGAAUCUGAUGCUGUGGACAUUGUAGAGACGGCUAUGAAAACCCAUUCCUUUGAUCUCACCACUAAAGCAAUGUGUCUGAUUGCCUUGUUAAAGCUGUCAAGUCGGUUUCCACCUUGUUCACAGAGGAUAAAUGACAUCAUUGUUCAGUAUAAGGGAAAUCUUGUACUUGAACUUCAACAGAGAGCUAUUGAGUUCAACUCUAUUAUCCAGAAACACCAGAAUAUGAGGUCUACGCUGUUAGAAAGAAUGCCUGUCCUGGAUGAAGCAACUUACAGUGGAAGGAAGGCUGGUUCUGUUCCACCAGGCAUUUCGACUUCACAAGGACCUUCUCUUCCAAAUGGAGUUGCCAAACCAGCAGCUGCUCCUCUUGUUGAUUUACUUGAUCUUGGUUCAGAUGAUACCCCGGCACCUAGCUCUUCUGGUGGGGACUUUCUUCAGGAUCUUCUUGGAGUUGAUUUAUCACCAGCUGCUUCACAGCCAGGUACAAAUCAAGUACAGAAAAGUGGGACUGAUCUCCUGCUGGACCUCCUGUCAAUUGGAACACCUCCAGCUCAAAGCAGCAGCACAUCUACAGUUGAGGUGUUGCCCUCCAGUCAAGACAACAAGAGUUCGCUGGAUCUAUUAGAUAGUCUGUCCUCGCCUACUGUGCCACCGGCACAAGUCUCCUCACGGACCUCAUCAGUUGGAAGCUCUCCGAUGAUGGAUUUGCUAGAUGGGAUCUCUACCAGUCCCUCCACUCCUGCUACAGAAGACAAUGGUCCAGCAUAUCCAUCAGUUGUUGCAUUUGAGAGCAAUUCCAUAAAAUUAACAUUCAACUUCUCGAAACAGCCUGGGAAUCCGCAAACAACAGUUAUUGAAGCUAAUUUUACAAACAAAUUGCAAGAUGUAAUCACAGACUUUGUAUUCCAGGCUGCUGUCCCUAAGUUUCUUCAACUGCAUUUGGAUCCUGCCAGUGGCAACACCCUCCCUGCAAGUGGUAAUGAAUCAAUUACACAGAAGUUGAGAGUCACAAACAGCCAGCAUGGCAAGAAAUCUCUUGUCAUGCGCACAAGGAUUGGGUAUAAGGUGAAUAACAAAGAUGUAUUGGAGGAAGGGCAAAUCAGCAACUUCCCUCGGGGUUUGUGAGGGGUUGAUUCACUAGACUUCACUUUCAAAUUUCGGUAUGGAGAAGCAUCAACUCGCGGUUUAUGUUUUCUUCUGAAAUUUAUGGAAUUAUUUUGGGGGAGGGGUGGGUUGUGCUGGGCGGGACCCCUUCAAUGGGGAACAGAUUCAGAUUCCUCACUUUUCAUCAUAACUCAGCUCUCCCCCACCGAAAGUGGCGCUGUACAUUAUGACAAGAUAAUCAUGAAAGCCAUUGUGGAAGUCAUUUUUUUUUUUAUUAGCAGGCUCUUAUAGAAGAAAAAUUGUGCCAGAUUUUUUUUUUUUUUGGUGACAAGUUUUUAAUAUAGAUGUUUGUUUCCUUGAGAGUUUGGGUGGGUAAUGGAACUAGAAAUGCAGAAUUGUAAUAUAGGUUGGUUUAUCGGAAUCUUGAUGAUACUAUUUUUAAAAUUUUGGUGUUCCACAAAUACAUUUAUUAUAGAGACAAGGCAAUCGGCAAUGGGGUGUGGAUGUGUGGAUCAUUUUAGCAGUCUCACAAAGGACAAAGCUAUAUUUGUUCAACAAAUUGCAAUUAUGCAGCAAAUUAUUGAGAAGGAAAUUAGAAGUA